GUUGGAGCAUGAGCCAUGGGGGUGGCCCCUCAGUGCCCUGUCCACUCUGCAGAGGAGAUCAGCGACCUCACAGACCAGGUCAGCCUCAGCGGGAAGAGCAUCCAGGAGCUAGAGAAAGCCAAGAAGGCACUGGAAGGGGAGAAGAGCGAGCUCCAGGCCGCGCUGGAGGAGGCUGAGGGGGCCCUGGAGCUGGAGGAGACCAAGACUUUGCGGAUCCAGCUGGAGCUUUCCCAGGUCAAGGCUGAGGUGGACCGGAAACUGGCGGAGAAAGACGAGGAGUGCACUAGCCUGAGGCGCAACCACCAGCGGGCAGUGGAGUCCCUGCAGGCCUCCUUGGAUGCAGAGACUCGGGCCCGCAACGAGGCGCUGCGGCUCAAGAAGAAGAUGGAGGGCGACCUCAACGACCUGGAGCUGCAGCUGGGCCACGCCACCCGCCGGGCCACGGAGGCACAGGCCGCCACGCGGCUGCUGCAGGCCCAACUCGAGGAGGCGCAGGCGGGGCGGGAUGAGGAGCAGCGGCUGGCGGCCGAGCUCCACGAGCAGGCACAGGCCCUGGAGCGGCGGGCCGCCCUGCUGGCCGCGGAGCUGGAAGAGCUGCGGGCCGCCCUGGAGCAGGGCGAGCGCAGCCGGCGGCUGGCGGAACAGGAGCUGCGGGAGGCCACCGAGCGCCUCAACCUCCUGCAUUCACAGAACACAGGCCUCCUGAGCCAGAAGAAGAAGUUAGAGGUGGAUUUGGCCCAGCUGAGCGGGGAGGCGGAGGAGGCUGCCCAGGAAAGGCGGGAAGCCGAGGAGAAGGCCAAGAAGGCCAUCACCGAUGCAGCCAUGAUGGCAGAGGAGCUGCAAAAGGAGCAGGACACGAGCGCACGCCUGGAACGGAUGAAGAAGACGCUGGAGCAGACGGUGCGGGAGCUGCAGGCCCGGCUUGAGGACGCAGAACAAGCCGCCCUCCGUGGUGGGAAGAAGCAGGUGCAGAAGCUGGAGGCCAAGGUGCGGGAGCUGGAGGCUGAGCUCGACGCAGAACAGAAGCAGCACGCCGAGGCCCUCAAGGGGGUGCGGAAACACGAGCGCCGGGUCAAGGAGCUCACGUUCCAGGCUGAGGAGGACAGGAAGAACCUGGCUCGCAUGCAGGACCUGGUGGACAAGCUGCAGAGCAAGGUCAAGAGCUACAAACGUCAGUGUGAAGAGGCGGAGCAGCAGGCCAACACUAACCUGGCCAAGUAUCGCAAGGCCCAGCACGAGCUGGACGAUGCGGAGGAGCGGGCGGACAUGGCGGAAACCCAGGCCAACAAGCUGUGGGCGCGGAACCGGGACGCCCUGGGCCCCAAGCACAAGGAGUGACACCUGAGCCUGGGCUCUGAAGAGGGACACCUGCUGUUUGCCCCACCCUGAUCCCCUCCUCUCUUCAUCCACCCCUGCUGGAGCCUCGCCACCCCAAGCUCUGCUACACCCUGAAUAAACG